UUUUGCAGUAGCCUAUGAUGCAUCAUUGACAGCCCCCCAUUCCCCCAUGACGGAAUACUAGGGCUGUAAAUAGACAGGUUAUCAAUUAUUAUCUGUCAUCUAUCUAGCCAAGGUCAGGAGCGAGACCACAGUAUCCGAGGCAACCUUUUGAACCAGGAGCGGUGCAACGCAUUUCUCGCUGAAUCGCCAGUGUUGCCCAAGUCCAAAGCCCCCUGAGGCCGGGGAAUCGUGCAUUUUUCACUCCACCAAAGCUGCACCCACUACACGCUUCCUUCGGGAUCGCUCCGUGUGAAACGUGAGCAGAAAAAAAGAAAGUGAAAUGGACUGAGUUGCUGUGAGAAACGUUGACAGUAUUUCCACUUGCGGUGCGUAAAGGGGGCACAGCGGCAGUAGUAGCCUAGUCUUACCAUCACAUCUAUUCCUCGUGCUAUAUCUAAUCAAUUCACUUUUGCUGAUUUUCAAUUCAUUAUUUGUAUUUAGGCUACGUAGAGCCUAGGUUUGUCCACAUCAGACGUCACAAUGAUGACUCCAAGAGACCCAAAGCCCAAGAAGAAACCGCCGAAAGAUAGCUUGACUCUGUUGCCAUGCUUCUAUUUUGUAGAGCUGCCCAUUGUGGCUUCUUCUAUGGUGUCGCUCUACUUCCUGGAGCUGACGGACCUGCUCCAGCCUGCCCAGGUAGGCUUCCGUUGCCAUGACCGCAUGCUGAGCAUGCCCUACGUUGACGGUGGAGAUGAGCUCAUCCCUCUACUCAUGCUGCUCAGCCUGGCCUUCGCUGGCCCGGCCGCGUCGAUCAUGAUGGGGGAGGGCCUGGUCUACUUCAUGCAGUCACGCCUUAAGAUCCGCCCCGGGGUGGAGGGCAGCAUCAACGCCGGCGGGUGCAACUUCAACUCCUUCCUUCGGCGAACGGUGCGCUUCGUAGGUGUCCAUGUGUUUGGGUUGUGUGCCACGGCUCUAAUGACUGAUGUGAUUCAGUUGGCCACAGGUUAUCACACACCCUUCUUCCUGACUGUGUGCAAGCCCAACUACACACAGCCAGGGGUGGCCUGUGAUAAAAACCCCUACAUCACCAAGGACAUCUGCUCCGGUCACGACCAGCACGCCAUCGUCUCUGCCAGGAAAACCUUUCCCUCCCAGCACGCAACCCUGUCUGCCUUUGCUGCUGUGUACAUAUCAAUGUACUUCAACUCAACCAUCUCWGACAGCACCAAGCUGCUGAAGCCAGUGUUGGUGUUUGCGUUUGCCAUCGUGGCGGCGCUAACCGGUCUCACCCAGAUCACCCAGUACCGCAGCCACCCCAUUGACGUCUACGUGGGCUUCCUCAUAGGGGCCGGCAUCGCUGCUUACCUGGCUUUCCACGCCGUUGGCAACUUCAGGUCCUCCGACGACAUCAUCAUCAAGCCAGCUCCACCCCCCCAGAAGGAGGACGCCCUGCGAGCGCUGACCCAGCGGGGCCACGACUCGGUCUACAACAAAGGUGUCGCCUCAGCAUCGGAGAGCGCCGACGAGAUCGCCGCGCCGCCCUCCCUGGACCGGCUGGAGGGCAUGGGGCGGCCACUACAGCGCGAGAAGGCCUCUAUCGGGAGCUUGAAAAGGGCCAGCGUGGACGUGGAGCUCCUGGCGCCCCGCAGCCCCAUGGGCCAGCAGACCAUGGUGACCUUCAGCAACACGCUGCCCAGAUCUAGCAUGAACGCUAACGGGGGCCUGGGCGCUAACGGGGGCCCAGAGGAGCCCAUGAUGCCUACUCAACCCGUACAAAGGAGGCUCAAGGCUGUGCAAGUGCCCAUGGACCCCAUGCGCUCACAGCAGUUGGUGACGGAGUGGAAGCAGAAGUCCAUGGAGAUGCGGGGUCUGAGCCUUAGGGAUGAAGCCGAGCGAGAUGCCAGUGAGGAGGGCUCCGAAGGGGGGGAGGAAGAGUCCGAGGACGGGGGGGCACAGGCCUCGCUCUAUCCAUCUAUGGUGCAGUCCAACAGGGGAGCUUCCGCCGGUCCAAUCCCCGUCAGUGUGGGGCCUCCAGGGAGUGCRAGGGUGGUGGCAACUCCUAGACCCCCCCACAUCCCCGAGGCGGGUCCCCCGCCAGUGUCGCCCAAAAGCGCACUAACCCGUGCCAAGUGGCUGUCCAUCACAGAGAAGAGCGGUGGUGGCGGGUCGAUUCGCGGGGCACCCAACCAACCGCGCAUCAUGCAGGUGAUCGCCAUGUCCAAGCAGCAGGGCCUCCUCCCUUCCUCCUCCUCAGGGGGCACGCCCAAGUCCUCCGAGACCACCUCCACCUCCUCCUGCACCUCCUCCACGGCCAGUGCCGAUUCGCCCCACUACCGCCCGCCCUCAGAGGCCCAGCGUGAUUCGGCCAUCAUCACCGUAGACGCCCACGCCCCCCACCACCCGGUGGUGCACGGUGGCCUGCCCCCCUGCUCGGGCAACGGGAACCCCUGGGAGUGGAGGGGCGCGUCCAACGGCAGCGACCCUCGAGACUCCUACGAGCUCAACGACCUGAACCGCGGCGACAGCGUUGGUGCUCGCGGCAGCACCGGCAGCUUCCGGCCGCACCAGACCAUCUCGCCGUGCUCCUCCACCGGCGACGGAGACGCAGAGUUGCUUCCCCCUCUGCCCCUCCCCCACACGGAGGUCCCCCACGACGGGAGAAGCCGGGAGUCCACUUUACGACGCAAGACUGCGCUAGUCCUCCUGGAGAGGGACAUUCAAUUUCAAAACAAGAGUGAGCAGGAGAACUACUAUAGAAAAAUACAGGGUGGCCGGAGGUAUAAGGAUUAGUCACUAACUAACUGAUAAGCCUUACAGUCAAACCACAAAACAGCACAAAACCUUGACUGACAAGCUGGGCUCUGCUGUUAUGCAUCUCUCGGACUUUGUGUGUUAUCAAAGGAGCUGUGCAAAGCUGUUGUAGGCUACUAUGAUGUAUGCUAGAUGGAGGGAAACAUCUCGAGUUGAUGUGGGACCCUGAGGUAUUUUCAGGAGCACAUAGACAUUUUUCAAAGGUUCAAAUCAGAAGCACACCACCACGCAACACAAACCAAAAAAAGGACAACGUAUUAAAGCUCCGUCUACUGAGCCGAACCAGGCAGUUUGUUACAUUUCUUUAUUGACUCCAUCUUCCUUUCAAUGUUUCUCCUGUUAUGACCACUCGAUGGGCUGAUUGUCUAGUGUUGGAAUGGCAUCUACUGUAUGUUGUGUUAUCUCCGGUGUUAGUGCUUGAUUGCUAAUGUGUAGAUUCUGAGCAUGUAUGUCUGGGUGUUUUUGUGUGUUUGGGUCAGUGGGUCAGGUGCUUGUGUGUAUGGGUGUGUGGGUAUGUGUUGAAGAAGCAGUGUGCUUUAAAAAAAAAUGCCGUUAUUCUGCGGCAGAAUGUUCGGAGGCCCGUGAUGGUGCCCAUUCUCGACAAAGUUCAGAACUUGAUCUUAACUUCAGAAUGAAGAACAACAACAAAAUGUAACAUGAACUUCCUUCUUUUAAUGGAGAAUACCAAGAGGACUGAAUGGCUGUAAAUCGUGCYAAGGAGUGCUUUUCAAUUUCAACAUUUCCAUAUGGAUGUUACUUUUGAGACAGCGACGGGAGUACCCCUUGACUUAAAGCAUUGACCGUGUGUAUUUUUGGCUGGACACGGUAUAAGAGAAACCACAAUAAGAAAAGUGACAUCAGUCAUUUGAUCAAAGCAAUAGAGGCAGUAGGUGUAAAAUAGAAUGGGUUAUUUUAAAGGUUUCUUUUUGCUGAUCGUUGAACGCCUCGAAGUGAACAUGUAUACAAAUCAGCAUACUCCUUUGGAUGGACUACUGCAUGUAUGUGGCUGUCAGGUUGGAAAUACUACUUUGUCAGUAAACAAGAACAAAAAAAAAGAAAUUAAAAGUUGUCGUUAGUAA